AUGCUGUGUUGUUACGCAUCCAUGCUCCGUCUCCUUUUUGCAGCUCUUUGCUCAGCACCAUGGCGACCUCUGCUUCAUUUCACGGCGUCGUCGGUCUUUAAAACGUAUCAGAUUGAUAAAAAGAAUUUAUGGCGCUAUGACGCAUUCAAUAUCAACAACCAUACCUAUAACUCAUUCCCUCCUCCUCUCGCACAAACGCAGCUGCUCCUGUUCGGAACGAUCAGCCUCGUGAUCCCGGGAUUUCCCUUCAAGUUCCCUGCUAUGUCACCCCUACUUCUCAAUCACUCUCCCUCGGUGCAUGCUGUAAUUCGGGCACCAGAUAUGCAACCCCACCAGAACGUCUUACGUUAUCGCCUAUUGUCAAUGUCCCUUUCGCCCAUGGUAAAGAACGCGACACUGCAGCAGAUGCUCCCUAAACUGAUGAGGGCUGGUUAUAUAGCGAGGACUACCUUCUUUCCCGUCAUCCGCCGAAUUCUGAUUCAACUGCUUACACGCAGGGCAGCUUAUCACCGGAGAGCACGGAAGCAGCCAGUUAUCAAUGUAAGUACGACCUUUGAUUUACCUUUGUGGGUCUCGGUACACAGGGUCCUCACUUACAAGCUUUGGCAUGGGAUAACACUGACACCCCCUGUCCUUCGGGAGAAGCCGGAUAAAUUUGCCUUUGGCAUGAUCAAAUUCUAUGCGUGGCUCUUUGACGACUCCUCAAACUUGCCUGAGUUCAGUUUUUGGUACCUCUACAUUUCCUGA